AUGACAGACUUUGAAAAGAAUCUCCAUCAUGACAUGAUUUCUCAGCUGCAUAAUUUUGCUGCUGUUGGAGAUGCGGCCAAACUGAAAGCACUGCUCAGUCAUUCUCCAUCACUUAUCAAUGCAGCUGCAGAUAAUGGCUGGACAGCUCUGAUGUAUGGUGCCAGAAAUGGACACCUUGAGGUUGUGCAGAUUCUCCUUGAAGAAGGGUGUGACAGGUCCAUCAUUAAUAAAUCAAGGCAGACAGCUCUGGACAUUGCUAAAUUUUGGGGGUACAAGCACAUAGCUAAUUUGUUAGCUAAUGUGAAGGGUGGGCAGAGGCCUAAUUUCCUGUCAAAUGAAAUGAAAGAAUAUGAAAUUUAUUUUGGCUUGACACUUCUGGACAGAAGGAGUGAUAAAAGAACAGAUUCCAAGUGGCUGAGCAAAAAACGAAGCCAUCCAACUACAGUAUACAUCCUCUUCUCAAAUCUAAGUCCUUUGGUUACUUCGGGUGGGGGAAUAGAGAGCUCCCACCAGCCAGAAGUAAAGCUUUGCAGGCUGUACCACAAGGAUGUGGAGCAGUACGUGAACCAAACUGAAGAAGGCACCUUGAUUUUUCUUGGGGUUGAACUUCAGUUCCACAUGAACCUGCUGGCUUCUUGCAAUGGAAGAGUUCUGCAAGAAGAUGAAGAUGAUGGGUUAGUUGCUUGGUUUGCUCUUAGUGUAGAUUCUUCUGCUGCUGAGAAAUUUAAACAGAAGCAUGAGGACUGUUACUUUCUUGAACCACCAAUGCCAGCACUACUGCAGCUACCUGAAAAAGAAGCUGGAGUAGUGGCCCAGGCUAGAUCUGUUCUAGCAUGGCACAACCGCUACCGAUUCUGCCCAACAUGUGGGAGUGCAACCAAGACUGAAGAAGGCGGUUACAAGAAAACUUGCUUAAAAGAAGAUUGUCCCAGUCUCCAAGGUGUUCACAACACAUCAUAUCCAAGAGUUGAUCCUGUUGUGAUAAUGCAAGUCAUCCAUCCAGAUGGAAACCACUGCCUUUUAGGUAGGCAGAAGAGAUUUCCCUCAGGAAUGUUUACCUGUCUUGCUGGAUUUGUAGAACCUGGCGAAACAAUAGAAGAUGCAGUUCGAAGAGAAGUAGAAGAGGAGGCUGGAGUCAAAGUUGGCCAUGUUCAGUAUGUCUGUUGUCAGCCAUGGCCCAUGCCGUCCUCCCUAAUGAUUGGCUGCUUAGCUGUUGCAGUGUCUACAGAAAUUAAAGUUGACACGAAUGAAAUAGAGGAUGCCCGCUGGUUCACUAGAGAACAGGUCGUGGAAGUUCUCAUUAAAGGAAAUCAGUGUUCUUUCUUUAUACCACCAAGUCAAGCUAUUGCGCACCAACUGAUAAAACACUGGAUUGGAAUGAAUGCUAAUCUUUAAUUCAAAUAAUUUAUUUCUUUAAGUUAAAUUACUUUUUCUAGUGAAUGCUAGAUUAGGAAUAAAUUAGAAAGAAUUGUUUAUCUAGUAAAUGUGCAGCCACAUGAAUUUUUGAGCCUUUCCUUUGGUUCCUGAGCUAAAUUAUGCAAACCUUUGUAAGUUUUUUCAGAUCUGAGUUAGAACUGAACCCAGUGAUUAUCACAAGCAAGUAAGCAACAAAUAGGUAAAAUUGGUACCUAGCUGUGCGCAGGCUGCUUUUUCAUUUUAGAAUCAUUUUAGAAUCAUUUUAGAAUCAAAUUAUUACGCCUUUUGCUAUUAUGCUCUUAAGGUUUGAUUUGGUCUUUCCUGUCCCCCACUGGAAGGUGUCACAGCAUUACAGAGAGGCCUCACCUUGCCUACUGCUUGAACUCUGUAUUUAGAUCCUCCUACUUUGUCUUAAUUGUUUCCUUCUCGUUUUUUCCUGUCUUCAUUCUUUAAAUUCUGCCUGGCACAAAACAACAUUCAGUGCUGAAAGUCUUAUCAAUAAUGGUUAUUUUUAAGCCAAUAGCAUACUUAAAUGGUCAAUAUGUAGUACUUUGUAUCUUUUACAUUAAUAGCCCCCUAAGCAGAGUAUUUACUCCUCCAGUCUGAUUUGGCCUGCACUUACCCAAUUGUACAUCAGCCUGAGUUUAAAGAUGUAACACAAUAUUCUGUUUGUGAAAAAGGUAUUGGAUAACCAUCCCCAAAAGCCUAAAUAUUAGGUAUUUUUAUAAGAUAUAAUGUACUUAUUGAUCCUAGGCAGUGAGUUAUUUAAUACUGUGAUAAUUAGAAAUGGAACUGUAGAGUAAUGGAGGAGAGAAGCAGAUUAAUUAAACAAGAUUUAAUAUCUCAAGAUAUGUAUAAAGUUCUUUUAUGGAAAUGGAAACACUAAGAUUGUUACUGCUGUUAAUAAUUUUAAAGUUGAAGGAGAUAUAUUAACCCCAGCUGUAAGACUGGAAAAGCAAUAUAUGAAUUAAAACACUUAUGUAUAUUUCA